GGAACACAAUUUGAUAUGUCAUUUUUGUUGAGUGGUUGAGACUUUCUGUCAAGUUUUAUUUACAAUAGCUGCAUUGUUAAAAUUUAAUAUUUUUGUUAUUUUCGUAAUAAAUAGUUAAAAAAAUGAAUUGUUUUGAGAACGUGAACAUGCCAAGCUGUGUGUGGUUCGAAGGCGGUGAGAGGCGCAACACAAUAGCUUCCAUAUUUGCGGGGCUUCUAUUCUUUGCAGGAUGGUGGUUCAUCAUAGAUGCAGCGUCAGUGUACCCCGGUGACCUGCCCAACGCAGCACAUGUCUGUGGUGUGAUGGCCACAUUGUCAUUGAUAAUGGUCAAUUCAGUGUCCAAUGCACAGGUGCGGGGUGAGACUUACACCGGAGGGUGUUUGGACCCUCGCGGCGCUCGCCUCUGGUUGUUCCUCGGCUUCGUCGUCGGGUUCGCGUCUCUCAUUGCCGCCUGCUGGAUACUCUUUGCCAAUUACGUCAAUGCUGGCAGCAACAAGCACACAUGGCCCGGAGUGAGUUUGUUCAUGCAGAACGCAUUCAUUUUCGCCGGAUCUCUGGUGUUCAAGUUUGGACGCACUGAAGAUCUUUGGGGUUAGACGUACCCUUAUAUUUGGUAACCGAAGGCUUAAUUGCGACGACCACAUUGGUUUGGGUUAACAUUAUUUUACAGUUUUAAUUAUUCUGCCAGAAAUUAAAAUAUUUAAGCAACAAGAUUAAUAGAAACAUUUUCUAAAAUAAAGUUUAUGUAAUAUGUUAGCAAAAGUAAAAUUUUUCAAUAAAAAAAUAAUUAGGCAUGUCGCAUGUUAAAAGUAGUGCCGUCGGGAAUAUCUAUGGAUAUGGAACGCGAGCAUUAUCUGUCUCUAUCGCGCUCGUUUACGAGUGCGUUGCUAAUAUAUUUGUUUCACUCAUUAGUCCCCAGAUAUUUCUAACGUGCAGUAUUUCAGAUUAUGGAUAUAACUGAAUGGUUUGAUGGUAAUUAAAAAAGGAUCUGACUGGAGUUGCAGUGUAAUCAUAAAUUGGUAAACAAAUGGUAGCCAAUGUUAGAUAUGAAUAAUUAGCGAUAAAUUUGUUCAAGAUGAAUACUAUUUUAUUAUUGUUUUUGACGUCAGGCACAUUUAUUUUUGUUGAAACAUCUUUUGGAGAAAGAGAUUUGAAUUGACUCCUGAACGAAUAUAAAUGCACCGGGCGCAUUUUUGUAGAGUAUAAGUUGCUGAACAUUCUUAGUUAAUAUUUUAAAAUUUGUUAUUUUAGAUGAAUAAUAUGUAUAAUUAUUAUUUUUUUAACACUCGAAACUCGAAAAUGUGAAUAAAACGUGUUUGUAUUAAAUAAAUAAGUUUAUUGCUUUGGUAUUUAAUAAAUUACAUUGAUUGAAGUACAUUAAAGAUCUUAUAUUGAA